CUUCCCUGCUUCAAACUCCAUAGAAAACUCGCGUCCAGCGAAGUUCCGCCCCAACCAUGGCUUCUUCCUCCUCCCGCGCCAAAGUCCGGACACGCAUCGUCCUCCAAGCGGCCUACGAUGGCGACCUCCGCAUCCUCAAGAAAAUGGCCAAACAAAUGGACUUGGGGGUAGCCGAGGACGAUGAAGGGGCAAACGCGCUGCAUCUCGCUGCACACGGUGGAUGCCUGGAAUGCUGCAAGUUCCUGGUAGAGGAAGCAUGGAUUGAUGUCAAUUCAACGACCACGGAAGGCACCACGCCGUUGGUUUGCGCUGUGUUCGAGGGGAAUAUCGAGGUUAUGAAGUACCUUCUCGAUCGUGGCGCUAACCCGAGAAAGAAGUGUCCCGAAGGCUUUACUCUGCUGCACGCUGCAGCCGCGAAAGGGCUAUGCGAACCUUUGAAACUAUUGCUAUCCGAAGGACAUCCUGCGGAUAUUACGCUUGAGGAUCAUAGCGGGACGCCAUUGCAUGCGGCUGCUUCGAAGGGCCAGGAUGAGGCUAUGAAGAUUCUGCUGGAGCAUGGUGCUGAUCCCAACAGACUUAUGGAUCAUACCAUAACACCACUCAUGCUGGCAUGCUGUCGCAAGUCCCUCGAAUGCAUGAAGCUACUGAUUGAGGCUGGUGCUGAUGUCAACGGUUCUUAUUGCGGACCAACUAGUUUAACGCAAGCAAUUAAAAUUGGCUUCACUGAUAUUGUCAAGUUCUUGCUGGAGGCUGGAGCUGAUCCUAAUGAUCCUGGCGAGGAUGGAGAAAUUCCAAUCCAGUUAGCAGCAAAGCGUGGUGAUCGUGAUCUUGUCGAAUUUUUGUUUUCCAAGACAAAUCCAGUUCCAUCCCUACCAUAUUGGAGUGUUGAUGGAAUAAUUAGAAUGAUGAAAUCUCCACUAAUCAGGCUUCAGGAUGCAGUUCCUGUGGGAGCAAGACUAACUGAUUUUAAGUCACGGGCCAAGGAAGCGUUCAGAAAGAAAGACUACCAGGCUGCUCUAUACUUAUUCGGACGGGUGAUCGAGAUAAACCCCUUUGAUGCCACCAUGUUUUCCAACCGGAGCCUUUGCUGGCUGCGGAUGAGGGAAGGGGAGAGAGCUUUGUCAGACGCUCAACGUUGCAGACAGCUUAUGCCUGGUUGGUGCAAGGGAUGGUACCUUGAGGGCACAGCUCUCGAAUUCAUGGAGGAUUACCAAGGAGCAGCUGAUGCAUUUACGGAAGCACUGAAACUUGACCCUGAGAGCGAUGAGAUCAAGAGAGCUUUAGGGAUGGCAAACAAUAUGAUUCAUGGUGACGAGGCGUCAGUCACGACAUCUGUGCAUUCCCUUCAAAACUACGAGUUGAUCUCGGGCACGCAGCAUGGCAGCGUCAACAUCAAAGGUAAAGCCACUGUAUAUGCAAUACUGGAGCCUGCUCUUCCUGAUGCAGAUGGCUCUAUCCGUUGGGAGCCUCCCCCGACCGGCUGGAUAAAAGCAAAUGUUGAUGCCAGUUGGGAUGCACAAACGGAGCGAGGCGGCGUUGGCGUCGUCAUCCGCGAUCAGACAGGGAGCGUGCUGCGUUCAGUGCGAUCUUUCAUCCCAACGUGUGCGAGCGCAGAGGCUGCGGAAAUUAUCGCAUGCGUGGAGGGCUUACGACACCUUGUUGAUUUCACGCAGUGGCCAACGAUUCUCGAGUCAGAUGCUGCACAAGUUAUCAACACCCUCUCAGCUGGUUGUAAUGAUAGCUCGGCAAACUGGAGUUUAUAUGGGGAGGCUAGGGGUCUCAUGGCUGGUUUACCUGAGGUUAUGUUAAGUAAGGUUAAUCGUCAGGGUAAUGAAGUGGCGCAUUGUUUGGCACAGCUAGGGAAGGGUGAUUUAUGUGGUGUGCUAGAUGAUUCAGCUCCCCCCUGCGUGUUGGCAAUGGUCAUGGAAGACUGUAACAACAUUAUGUCUUGAUCAAUAAAUAAAGCUCACGUG